UCUGCUCAGUUCCAGCUGGCGGUGCCCGUCGCUGUGGUCUUCGCCCCCGGGUCGGUGCCCGGGGACCUGCCGAAGCCGCUGCCGUUCAGGGACGUGCAGGAGAUGGAGCUUUCCGUCAACUUGAGAACCAGCAUCACGUCCCGCUACGAGAUGGUCUAUCGCAGCACCACGGCUCAGGAGGAGGCAGCGCUAGGUGCAGCUACCGCACAAGAGGCUGAUGCUGCUCUGCGCCCGCUGCAGGAUGCCUCGUUGGGUGCUUUGACCAUGUAUGUGGUCCCCGAAACCUCAUCUCUGCUGCCUCAGGGCAUCAGCGUCUACGUGGGGAAGCACCGCGGUGCCCUGGUGAGGGCUGGGGGGAGCCUGGCUGCCCUCCGCACCCGCCUCCGGCAGCUGACGCAGGUGAUGUCCUUCACGGCCAGCUCUAUCGCCGCUGCCCUCUCGGACCGUGUGCCCGAUGGCCAGCUCGGCCCUGAUGCCCGGCGGCACUUGAAAUCCAGUCUGGGGUACGAGAUCACCUUCAGCCUGCUGAACCCCGACCCCAAGUCCCAUGCCGUGGACUGGGACAUCGAGGAUGCCGUGAACCGCUAUGUGCAGCCUGUCUUGGACAAACUGAGCCUGGUGGCCAACUUCUCUGUUGACUCGCAGAUCCUGUACUAUGCUGUCCUAGGAGUGACACCACGCUUUGACAAGGAGUCCUCCAGCUUCCUCCUGAGCGCUCACAGCCUCCCACACGUCAUCAACCCUGUGGAGGCCCGGCUGGGCUCCAGCGCUGCCUCGCUCUACCCUGUGCUGAACUUCCUGCUGUACGUGCCAGAGCGCUCCCACUCCCCUCUCUACAUCCAGGACAAGGAUGGAGCCCCAGUGAGCACCAACGCCUUCCACAGCCCCCGCUGGGGUGGCAUCAUGGUUUACAACGUUGAAGCCCCUGCUUCCCCCCAAGCCUCCCUCCCGCUGCACGUGGAUGUGGACAUGGUGCGGGUAAUGGAAGUUUUCCUGGCCCAGCUCCGGUUACUCUUUGGGUUAUCUCGGGAAGAGCUUCCCCCUGAAUUCCUGCUGGAGAGCCCAGGGAGUGAGGGCCUGGCCCACUGGGAGCUGGACCGCCUGCUGUGGGCUCACACCGUGGAGAACAUCGCCACCGUGUCCACCACCUUGACCUCGCUGGCCCAGCUCCUGGACAAGAUCGGGAACAUUGUCAUCAAAGAUGAUGUUGCCUCUGAGGUGUACCGAGCAGUAGCCUCGGCGCAGAGCGCCAUGGCCAAGCUGGCCACGGGCCAUCUGCACUCAGCUUUCCAGGCGAGCAAGGAGGCAGUCACCUCCUCGGAGCGAGCCUUCUUUGACCCGUCCCUCCUCCAUCUCCUCUACUUCCCUGAUGACCAGAAAUUUGCCAUCUACAUCCCGCUCUUCCUGCCCAUGGCCGUCCCUAUUCUCCUCUCCUUGGCCAAGAUCGUCCGGGAGACCAGGCAGCGUAAGAAGGAGCCCACCAAGAUGGACUGAGCCCCUCACAAUGGUGUCCUGCCUUGGGGCUGUCCCCACCCCCUGGGGGGUGUUGUCAUGGACCCAUGGCCCAAGAAAGGGCCUCAGAACAGUGUCAGGGCCAGGCCUGGCAGCUUGGCAUGGGUCAGCUUGGGCCAAGAUGCAGGAGUGGGAAGAGAGGCUGCUCUGAGGGGUGGGAGAUGCUCUCAAUCUGGGUCCUGAGCCAGAGAUCAGAGAGGAGGGAGGGGGCUCCCUUUGUGCACCCCCUGGCCCUGCGCUCUGUUCAGAACAAGCUGCUCU